AUGGAUGAUGUAGAUACCACAGUAUUUUAUGAUGAUGAAAAUGACUUCAUUGGACUUGGUUAUCAUCAUGGUCAAGAAUAUGAUUACGAAUACGAAGAUGCAGAAGGAGAAACACUUUCAGAACUCUAUCAAUAUUGUCUUGCACCUACGCUGUAUGAUACAGGAUUUUAUAUGUUGCCUCUGUUUCUUGCAAUGUUUAUUUUUCGAUUUAUAUCUCAAAUGCAAUCUAUUUCUGAUAGAUUAUUUCAUGGAUUUUCGCUGGUUAUCGGAAUAUGUAUUAUUCAACAUUAUGCGCAAGAAUGUUUAUUUUUAUUAGUACUAUUUGUUAUACUUUCUUAUAUUACCUUAUAUAUACCAAAGAAGUAUUACAAAGACAUAGGAGUCUUUUUGCCAUCACUUUUUAUAAUUGCACAUUGUGAAUUUUAUAUGAAACCUAUAAUCUGGCAUAAAGUACGAAGUAUAAUUAUGACAAUGGCAAUGAAAACUAUUAGUGUUGCUGCAGAUAGCAUUGAAUCUAACAACAUACCAGAUUUUUACAGUUAUAUGGGAUAUAUGUUUUGUGCAGCUACUUCAUUCUUUGGCCCAUGGGUUCCAUUGAAAGAUUAUUUGGCUUUACGCCGGCCAAGUCAGCAAGGAAAAUGGUGGUUAUUGAUUGUAAUUGGAUAUACUUUUGGUUCAUUCCUUUUUCUAAGUAUGUCAAACUGUUGGAUACAAUGGAUACUUCCAGACAAUUCAUGGAAGUGGCUAAUAGCUUAUAGAGAUGCAUUAGCUUUCAGAACAUCCCAUUAUUUUAUCUCAUAUAUGGCAUCAGCUAUAUUAUUCUUAGGAGGAUAUCCAUUUUCAUUAAUAUCCAUUGUUAAACCAUUAGAAAUUGAACUACCACGUUCACUCGUUCAAGUUGUCGUAUAUUGGAAUAUACCAAUGCAUUUUUGGUUAAAAAAAUAUAUAUUCCGUCCAAGUCUCAAGUAUUUAGGAAAAUUUGGAGCUGUAACUAUUACGUAUUUAACGAGUUCUCUUCUACAUGGAUUAAAUUUUCAAUUGGGAGCAGUAUUAUUGAGUCUUGGUUUAUAUACAUAUGUAGAGCAUCAACUUAGAAUGAUGCUUGCUAAUAUUUUUGAUGCAUGUAUUGGGUCAAAAGAAUGUACCCAAAAUAAGUGUACUCACUUACAUAACUCAUAUAAUUGUUGGGUUAUUGUGACAAAUAUAAUGUUUACAGUAUUAACAAUUUUUCAUUUAGCUUAUUUGGGUCUUAUGUUUGAUACUUCAGAGUUACAAGAAACAGGAUAUAGUUAUAUUCAUACUAUUGAAAAAUGGUCUCAACUUGGAUUUGCUAGCCACUGGGUAGCAUUGGCUACAUAUUGUAUAUAUUUUUUAAUACGAUAAAUACUGAUAUAUCUUAUAUAUUCUCACAUCUUUAAAACAUUUUGUACACAACAAUUUUUUAUAAGAUCUCUAAUAAAAUUUUUAGAAAAAUA